AUGACUCGAGUCCACACCUCUGGCACUAGGGUCAUCAUACCUCCUAAGCUUCGUUCCAGAGUGCUUGAAUCUCUUCAUGAAGGGCAUUUAGAUGUAGUUAAAAUGAAGAGCUUGGCCAGAAGCUAUAUCUGGUGGCCUGGCAUUGAUUGUGAAAUAGAGGACAUUGCUAAGUCAUGUUCAGGAUGUCAACAAACACAGCGCCAGCCACAAGCAGCUCCCCUACACACCUGGGAGUGGCCCAAGACAGUGUGGCAGCGAAUUCACAUUGACUACGCAGGUCCUUUUCUGGAUAAGAUGUUUCUCAUAGUAGUCGAUGCCUACUCAAAAUGGCCCGAAGUGUUCCCAGUGAAGAAUGCAACAUCAGCAAAGACAAUAGAUGUUCUGCGUACUCUGUUUGCUCGUACAGGACUGCCACAACAAUUGGUAAGCGAUAAUGGAAGUCAGUUUACCUCUGAAGAAUUCCAGUGGUUCACCAAAAAGAAUGGAAUUAAGUACAUCACUACCGUGCCGUUCCAUCCUGCAACAAAUGGGCUCGCCGAGCGAUUCGUGCAAACUUUCAAACAGUCCAUGAAAGCCAUGGCGAGCACCAAAAUGUCCAUAUCAGAGAAACUGGCCAACUUCCUGCUGUCUUACCGCAACACUGACCAUUCCACUACAGGUCAGGCACCUGCCGUUCUUUUUAUGGGGCGAUCUCUCAGGUCACGCCUGGAUCUCUUAAAGCCGGAUCUACACCGGGACAUGUCAAAGAGACUAAGUGGCCAAAUGAAAAAGCAGUCGCCGCCACUACGAACAUUUGAAGUGGGACAAUCAGUGCUUGCCAGGGACUACCGCCAAGGUAAACAGAGAUGGGAAUCUGGUGAGAUUGUCUCUAAAACAGGCCCCCUCACCUACACUGUGGAAGUGUCACCUGGACUGAUCUGGCGCACACAUGUGGAUCAGUUACUGGACAGUACCACCCGACACUCUAACCGAGUCAACACAGAGAGUGGUGCGGAUGGCACCAACGACACUGAGGUGUUCCCAUCUUUUGCAUCAGACACACCACCUGCUACACUGGACACGCCUACUUCAGAGACUGUAAACCCAGCAAUGUCUCCCAGGCCUGUUCCUGAGUCACCAGACCGACGUUAUCCGGACCGGGUCCGACUUCCACCACAAAGAUUAGAUAUGUAG